CUCUCUUUCUAAUGCAUUCGCACGCACAUACUCUAUCUCGCUCGCUCCGACUUGUACUUGGUACAUCUAGUGGGCCACGGUCCGAUAAUUUUGCAAAGAACAGAAGAACAUCGGAAAAGCCAUGCUGUCCAGGGCCGCCUUAUUGUCAGGCCAAACCAGCCGCAGCCUCGUCGCAUUGAGCACCAGGGCUGCCGCCACCUCGUCCGCCAACAAUGCCGCCGCCAGUCCCGACCAAUCAUCAACUGGUCUCAGGCCUGUGAGACAAGAGCCCGGCAAAGUGCGCAUGGGCUUCAUUCCAGAAGAAUGGUUCACCUUCUUCUACAAGAAAACUGGUGUGACUGGACCUUACACCUUGGCCUUCACCCUGUCCACCUAUUUGGUCAGCAAAGAAAUUUAUGUGUUGGAACAUGAGUACUAUUCUGGUCUCUCUCUGUUGGUCAUGUGGAUUGUUGCUGUCAAGAAACUUGGACCAGCUCUAGCCAAAUCUUUGGAUAAGGAGAUUGAUGAAUAUGAAGCAAACUGGAACCAAAGCCGAGUUGACCAAAAACAAUCCCUUGAAGACUCAAUCAAGGAGGAAGAAAAGGCUCAAUGGAGCUUGGAAGGUCAAGUGCAACUUGUGCAGGCCAAACGUGAAAACGUUCUUUUGCAACUUGAGGCCAACUACCGCGAGCGUCUUUUGAAGGCUUACUCUGAAGUCAAGAAACGUUUGGAUUACCAAGUGGAAAAACAGAACAUCGAGCGCAGGAUCAACCAGAAGAAUCUUGUAGAUUAUGUUGUGGCCAGAGUCAAGGCUUCCAUUACUCCAGAUCAGGAGAAACAGAACAUCAACAAGUGCAUCUCUGACUUGGCUCUUUUGGCCAAACGUUAAAUAAUUUUGCGAAAUUGUUAUUUAAAUAAUACUGUACUGUACAUUGCAGAGCUAAAAUAGAAUUGAAUAUAUUUGUUCAUUUUACAUCUAUUAUGUUUCCCUUUUUAUUCUUACACAGUUACAUCAAUAAACCUAAAUAAU